AUGGUGCGCGCCAUUCCAUUUACCAUCCGACUCCUAGAGCGAGACGACAACCGUUGCGCUAACACGUCUCGAUGCAAUAACGAACAUUUCCAGUCGCUUCCGCUCUCUUUAGAUGGCACACAAUCUGGUCAUCUGGCGGCCCCGGCUCCUCGGGCUGCGGCCAGCGUCAACGAGGACGACUGCGACAAAGAAUAUCUCGCAUCGCUUCUGCACGCGUCGUUCCGCACCAAAUCCGAUAAUUUGGCAGCCCCGACCCGUCAUGUUAUCGCCAGCAUCGACACGGAGCUCGACCUGCACAGGUUGACGAGCAUUCACAGCUUGUUGUGGCUCGCGGGUCGGCCCAUGCCGCCUCGCCCGCUGCACCAUCAGCUUCUUCUCAGCAGGGACAUCCUGGUCACGGAGCGGAUGGACAUGCAUCUCGUGUGGACAACGGGCCGGAUAUUCCUCAAGCCCAUCCCACGAUUCCUGCUUGAGCCAAAGUUCUGGGAGGAAUAUAUGUGCUGCAAGCAAGACUCCAAAUGCUCCGUGGACAGCGCCGCCACCAACCCUCAGGAAUGCGACCAUCGAAAGCGUCGCAAGCGUGCGCUCGGCUUCCUGUUUUCCUACGCCGCCCUGAUUUCUCACGAGAGCGACUUUCGACUCGCCGAAGAAAAGCACCUCCUUCCACCCGGUGUGCGGUGGUCGGCGUGGAGGACGUUCGUCGAGCAGCUGGACACGGAGCACAUCUACCCGGAGAUUGACCCGCGAUUCCACUACGGAGAACUUCGUCUGAGUCGGCUGAACAAGCUGUACCGUCUGUGGCAAACCCCGCUGAGCAACUACAUGACUCACUGGAACCAGUAUGGUUCCUUCUUUCAGGACAAUUUUGCCUGGCUGACUGCCGCGACGGUCUACAUCGUCGUUGUCCUGACCGCGAUGCAAGUCGGGCUUGCCACCGGGACUCUCGGCGGAAACAAGGCCUUCCAGAGGGCGUCAUACGGUUUCACCGUCUUCUCAAUUCUGGGGCCACUCAUAUGCACCGUGCUGAUCCUCCUGAUAUUCUCGUACUUCGUUGUGAACAACUGGUUCGCGACCCGCAUCUACCACCACAAACGAUACAAAAUCAUUAGUCCGCCGAAAGAACAGACUUGA